GCGUCCGUCAUGGAGGAUGACUCUGCAGGAGCUGUGGUGCCCACGCUGCACAGGAGAAUCAGCUCUGCAUUCGAUGUGUUUGAUCAUGAAUCUAAUCACACUGUGGACGUCAGAGAGAUUGGCACUAUAAUCCGUUCACUCGGCUGUUUUCCCACUGAGGCGGAGCUACAUGACAUCAUUGCUGAGAUAGAGGAAGAGGAGGCGAGUGGAUUCAUCCGCUUUGAGAAAUUCCUUCCUGUCAUGACCAAAAUAUUAAUGGACAACAAGUUUCGUCCUAUUCCUGAAGAUUUACUCCUACAGGCGUUUGAGGUGUUGGACGAGCAGAAGAAUGGACAUCUGGAACCAAAAGAUCUCACCAAGUAUCUCACACAGGAAGGAGAGCCGUUCUCUCAGGAGGAAAUGGAUGAAAUGCUCUCGGCUGCUCUCGAUCCUGAUAAACAGCUUGUCUUCUACAGAGAGUUUGUUAGCAUGAUGACCCUUGAUGACCCGCGGUAACCAUGGAGAUGCCACUCUUCAUUGUUUGCCUAAUGUCCCGUUUAUAAUGCUGUUUUUCAGAAAGAAAGUAAAUGACCUGUCUGUUGUGUCA